AUGAGACAUCUCCAAAUACUAGUGGUAAUUAUAAUCGCACUGAUAACGGCUAUAUUUUUCUACUCAAAAUACACAUUUGAUGAUGUUCUUGUCACAUAUAGUCCAGAUUUUCAUCAAGCAGUUCAUGAAAUCCAUCCUGUGGCGAAAAUCCAUCCUGUGGCCAAAGUGAAGACAAUCAAAGAUCCAAAACUGUUCCAUCCGGGUCCCCGUUCCAAAUACCCGCCACGUCAAAACAUGGGCGCGUGCCCUCCAUUGUAUGGAAAAGUACUCAUAUUUGUUGCCUUUGUCAAAAGCAGUAUGGAAACCCAUUACAAAGUCGCACAAGAGUCAUUGCAAUGUUAUUUGAAAGGCACAAACUACACAGUGGCCAUGGUGGAUCUUGAUAAUGAUGAGAGAGUGAAAGCGGAAUGCGGUAAAAACAAGCAGUUGUUUUUCAAAAAGCACUGCGCCGCUGCCGCGUACUUACGUGAUUCCGACUGGAUGCUUGUUUUGGACGCCGAUACAGGAAUUGCUAAUCCGAAUCAUUGCGUCGAGGAAUGGAUUGAUAAUCGCGUUGAUAUAAUUUUCUACGAGCGCUUCUUCAAUUGGGAAAUCGCCAGCGGAAAUUACAUUGUUCGAAACACCCAAUUCGCCAAGAACUUCCUUCAAAAAUGGGGAGAUUGGGAGUUCACACAACCGUCCAACUGGAAUGGUGCGGAUAAUGGGGUUCUUCAGAUCCACAUUCUGAAAACAGUGAUCCCCUAUGCAACUCAAGAAAUCGCGAAUUGCGACAAGUACUGGCACAACUCGACCGGUUAUGACACAUAUAUGGCAUACGUCACUUGUUGCAAGUUGGCUUUGGGUGCGACACGUCUAUGGCCUGGGAAAGUAAGGAUUUAUCGACGAGCACAUGGUUGGGUUCGAGAUGGCUUCUUGACGACGGACAGGUUUUGUGAUCGAGAUUUCAUGUUCCAUGGUUGGAAGAACAAUGAAGUUGGAUUCAAGGGUUGGGAGAGUCCGUUUCCGAAAAACCUAAACGUUUCCCUUUGUGGUUCUGGCUAUGAUGGCUGGGUAUAUCGGCCGUUCAAAAACACAACUUGCGACAGUAUCCGCCAAACACUUGCCAAUUUUGAACGGAGUAGUGGUCGAAACUUCCCGAAAGAAGCUCGUGUCAUACCCCAUCUAUCCGAACCUGAUGUCGGACUGUGCUUCCCAACUUGUGAUGAUGAUGUAUAA